ACUGGGCGGUGUGUGUGUGAGUUGGAGGAAGAGCUGCUCUGACAGCUCGAUAAGCCAUACAUUUUGAGGCCAAUGUGCUGAAGUUUUCCGGGUCUGAGUUAGGGAAAGAGGAGGAAACAUCUACAUUUUCAGCGUCAAUGUCUCGUUAUGUCGGCCAAAUAACUGGAUUUUAUCGAGCUAUGUUUUGCUAAUCUAGAGCAGUCACUGCUGCAGAACACAAAAACAAAUGCGUCAUUUUCGCUUCAUUUAGGGACAGAAAGCUUUGUUUUUACUACGUUUUGUUUAUUUUAAGAGCACAUAUCGCAUGUUAAUGGUGAUUCAAUUAUUGAUACCACGAUGGCAGUGAAGGCUCGGGUAUUAUACGACUUCACUGCUGAGCCUGGCAACAAUGAGCUGUCUGUUCAAGAAGGAGAAAUACUCACGGUCACUAACCAGAAUGUAGGCGGUGGCUGGGUAGAAGCUCAGAAUUCCAGAGGAAAUGUAGGCCUCGUGCCUGAGGACUAUAUUGAGAUUAACCCUGGUUCCACACAAGCAUCAGCAACAAAGUACAUUGAUGCUCAGAAUCAAGGUUACAACAGCAGCUCAGCAAACACUCAGGGAGUUAACGGAAAUGAGGCUUGGACUGCCACGACGUGGUCCAACAACAACCCUACAGACAACUGGAACUAUGCUGAACAGGGACCAAUAGGCAAUAAUGGUUCUGUCUAUUCCUUUGAUGAGGAAUGGGACGAUGAUUCUGAUGAUGGAAAGUCAACAGUCGGUUAUGGAGGUUCACAGAUGGAAGAGGGCGGAACCAUGCAGCGGGGCGGGGGUCACUCUACUAUGAAAUUAUCUCUCAACAAGUUUCCAGGGUUCUCAAAGACCCCAAAUCCAGAGGUAUAUCUGCUUACAAAGAGCAUAGCUAAAGGAAAUGACAAACUGCCAAUUUAUGCAGGCGAGGUGGGCCCAGUAUGGUUGUAUCCACAAAUUCAGUUAGACUGUGUUGUGGCUGAUCCCAAAAAGGGGUCAAAAAUGUACGGCCUGAAGAGCUACAUCGAAUACCAGAUCACACCUAAUACUACAAACAGACCGGUCAACCACAGAUACAAACACUUUGACUGGUUAUAUGAGAGGCUCGUGGAGAAGUUUGCCUGUGCUCUGCCAAUCCCAUGUUUACCUGACAAACAAGUUACAGGCCGAUUUGAAGAGGAAUUUAUCAAAAUGCGCAUGGAACGCCUGCAGGGCUGGAUGUCCCGCAUGUGCCGGCAUCCGGUGAUCUCAAAUAGUGACGUUUUACAGCUCUUCCUUAACUACAGAGAUGAGAAGGAGUGGAAACUAGGGAAGCGGAAAGCAGAGAAAGAUGAAAUUGUGGGAGUGAAAAUCUUCUCCAACAUAGAUCCCGAGCUCCCGGAGUUAGAUCCUGGUCAAGUGGAGCAAAAGUAUGAAAUGUACAGCCAGUUUACUAGAUCUAUGGACAACAGUGUUAAAGAACUACUGGCUGUUGGGCAUCUUCACUGGAAGAGAUGUACAGGGCCAUUACAAAAGGAGUAUCGGCAGAUUGGAAAAGCAUUUCAGAACCUAUCAUCGGUUUUCAACACUAGUGCAUACCCAAGGGAAUCAACUCUGACGGAAGCAUUGAGCGCAACAGGAAAAACGUAUGAGGAAAUAGCAGAGCUCGUUGCAGGCCAGCCAAAAAAAGAUCUACACUUCCUGAUGGAGACAAACAACGAAUACAAGGGACUACUGGGCUGUUUCCCUGACACAAUAGCAGUUCACAAGGCUGCCAUUGAUAAAGUAAAAGAGGCUGAUCAUUUGGUGACAAUGAAUAAGAUUAGCCAACAAGAUAAACAUAUUAUGGAAAAGAACCUCAGCACAAUGUCUUACGCAUUGCAAGCGGAGAUGAAUCACUUCCAUAGCAACCGUAUCUAUGACUACAACAGACUCAUGCAGUUCUACCUGGAGGAACAGGUGAAAUUCUAUGAAACGAUUGCUGAAAAGCUGAGGAAAGCGCUUGGUCAAUAUACCACCAUAUGAGGACUCGCUCUAAACUGUGGAACUUCAAAAAUGGAUGCUGCUUUUGCUUUUUUUAACGCUAAAUCACAAUUAACCAUCUUGUUUCCACAAAAUUCUGUAUUGUUGCAUUGUAUCAUAUAGAAAAUAUAGGUUAUAAGGGAACAAACAAUGUAAGAUGUGCAAAUCAUCAUUCACCAAAUAUUUUGUUCACAGAAACAAGUGAAAUACAAAUCUUAUUUGUUACUUAAGCUAAUGUAACACUCCCCGAUGUUAAAAGAAUAGUUCAUGCAAAAACGAAAAAUUUCAAAAAAUUGGCUUUCAAGGUGUAGAUGAGUUUGUUUAUUACAGUAAAUCACUUGCUUUUACUUCACAAGACAUUAAUUGAUGGACUGGAGUCCAUUUUUGAAUUAUUGUGAUGUUUUUAUCAGCUGUUUGGACUCUUGUUCUGACGGCACCCAUUCACUACAGAAGAUCCAUUGGUGGACAAGCGAUAUAAGGCUAAAUUUCUCCAAAUCUGUUUCAAUAUAGAAACAAACUCAUCUACAUCUUGGAUGGCCUGAUGGUGUACAUUUUCAGCUAAUUUUCAUUUAUGAGUGAACUAUUCCUUUAAGACAUUUAAUUUUCUCUGUGUCAAUUGAGGUCUCUCAGGGACUCGUUCACUUAGACUGGGCCUUCUAAACCAAAUGAGUUUAUUAACAUCUUAAAUUGGCUGACAUGAUUUUAUUUUCUUGUAGUACAGUAUGUGAAAUUAAAUAUGUCCGGUAUUUAGAAGUGGUAUGUAUUGAAUAAAAGCAAUAAGGACAUUGUCUUUUACCUGUGGUCAAAUGCUCUAUGCAAAACAAAACUAAAAAUGUCUCUUCGUCAUGCUCUGUGUAUAAAAUGUGUUUUUAUCUAGCCCUCCAGUGUGUAAUGAAUCUGUCUUUAUACCUUU